AUGGUUCUAUUUAAAACGGAAAAUAAGCUUUGUGCUGGGGCUUUGAUUAAAGAGGACUGGGUAUUGACUGCAGCUCACUGUGCCCUGAACAAUAGGUCCCAGGUCAUUCUUGGGACUGACACAAAAACCAAGGAUGAGCUAACAGAACAGAAAAUAUUCUGUAAGAAACAUAUUCCCUAUCCACGCUAUGUACGGGAAACACAUGAGAAUGAUCUUCAACUUGUACAGCUGAACAAAAAAUCAUCAAUUAAUAAAAAAGUGACUGCCUAUGGAGUGGGCAAUGUUGUGACCCCAAACACCAUCUGUCGAGUCACAGAGUGGGGAAAGGUUAACAAUAAGACACCAAAAAUCCUAAAAGAAGUCAAGGUCAAAAUCAUGGACAGAAAAACCUGCAAUGAUAAAUAUCAAUAUAAUUAUGAAACUGAAAUUGGACAGAAUAUGAUUUGUGCCAGAAAUCUCAAAGGUGGAAAGGACCCAUGUGAUAUGACUUUACCAUCUGAGGGUGAAAUCCAGCCAUGGAGUGGCAACAGCAGUAGAAACUCUGAUAGAUCUGAAAUAUAUCCUGAAGAAGGCAUCAUCCUGUGGGCAAAUACCUAG